AAACCCCCAUAUGACAAUAUUUUGAUGCGAACAUUCUAAAUUGAUUAUAACAGUAUGCACAAAGGUGGUGACAGCAGUGAAAAUAAAAUUGAAAUUUACACAUUUUCGCACAAGAUAAAGAUAAAGAAGAACUGAAGAGAGAUUAAUGCAAAUCUCGCUAAAAUUAUUUAAAUUGGUUAUAAUUUAACAUGGUUUAUGAUAGACUGCUAUCUCUCAUUAUUUUUGUUUUAUUAUAUUACCACUGUGGGACUUGUAUGAAAGAGACAGUCAGUGAGGGACAGGAAACAGGUGUAGAGUAGUUGAAAAGAGCCGCAGAAGAGAUAAUGGUAUUACCUUCUGUGAUCAGGAGCGGCCGGGUAGAGCAGAUGAGAGAAGCCGCUGAACAGAGAAUUGGAUUACAGUCUGUGAUAGGUGGACUGUAGUUACAAGAAAACGCUGAGGAGAGAAUUAGGAGACAGUUGGGGUUAGCGAGUGCGUACGGUCGGUAAACUGGAAGAGAAUUGGUUUGACCAAUACAAAAAAGAAGUUAAGGGAGACAGAGCGGCAAGCUUGAAGAACUUAUGUAAAGAGUGACAAUAAGCAUAAGCAAUUUGAAUAUGAAAGAGUAAUAUACAGUAUGGGUUCUGGAGACCCUGUAUAUCAUAACCCCUAAAUGUGUUCCCCUUCCUGUAUCCCUGGGACAAAGGUUUCAUCUCGAGCAAUAGUCGUGGCGGCUUUACGUCGGAGGUCGGUUACAGCGAGAAUUGGCGCUUCCAAUCUGGAGCACGUAACAGCGGAGGAGACCGGAAGUCUGCAAGCGGGACAUCACGGAAACAUCGAGGGAGAAGAGCAACUUCGUGGACUGAAAAAAAGUGAACAAAUAUAUCGUGCACGGUUAGUUGGACUACGUUAUAUUAACAAUAAGGGUGAACGAGUUGCGAACAGUAAAACAUGUCAGAAGACAAUCAUACAUAACGAAGAAAAAAUCGAGGUGACGGAAGGUAUCAGUGACACAGAGAAUGGGGGAGAAAUAGAGGAAGGAGUAAACGUGAAGAGUGAGCAAAUAGAGGAGACAGAACCCCAGUUACAGACUCGAAACCAACAGACGAAAAGUGUAGAAAAGAGGGACAAGGAUAGUACAAUAGACAUACCCGCCAUGUUGUUAACCUUUAUGGAAAUAUUGGAGGACAGAAUGAUGAAAAUGGAAAAUGACAGAGGAAACGGGAGUAAAAUGGAAAAUAGUAUUAAAGAAGACGUGCAUGAAAUGCUGGCUGCAUUCGCGAGGGACUCUGAAUGUAAAAUGAACCAACAGAUAAAUUCCGCGAACAACGAAGUUAAAGUCGUAUCUGAGCGCACACACGGCCAGAUUCAAGCGCUGACCGAAGUGGUGCGACAUAAUAAAUCUAAGAGCAACAGUAACAUGGAGUCUCUGCGCAAUGACGUGACAGCAGUUCAAGCACAAAUAGAACUACAGUCGCAUGAUGUGUGUGAGAGGAUGUCCACGUUCGAGACCAGAGUGACAGAUUUGAGGGUCAUGACGGAACAGCAGCAGAUUAAAAUUUUCAACCGCCUGCUACGGCCUAACCGUAAGAGAUGGGUCGGGACAUACUGAAGUGAAACACGUUAAUAAAGGCAAGCUUCUCAAGAAGGCAAUCCGGUUUGGUCCAUGGCUUAUGGUUUAGGAGUUAUGACCAUUUGUUUGUAACAAAUGCGGCUAAUUCAAUUCCUCUAUUUAGUGGAUGUCGCAGUACUGUCACGUGUAUAACGUUUUUAACGUUAAUCCUGAAUCAUUUUUUGUGCAUAACAACCAUUAAUUAUCAUAAAAUAUAAUUUAACAUAUGAGACCGUGAAUGCAAAAUACUAGGCUAACCA